AUAGAGGGUCGGAAUCCGGAAGCGUCGCAGCGCUACUUUGGCCCUGAAGCUGUUGGCGAGGGGAUAGAGCUGGGGUCGCAGCAUCGCCAUGGCAGCGCUGAGACGGCACGUGUUCGUGGAGAAAGUUCUGAGGAGGCUUUUCCCUAGUGUUCCCUGUGGCCAAGAAAAGAGGGUACUCGUGGCUCCAGCUUCUGGAAACUCAGCCGAGAGGGUGGCCACUACGGACCUCAGGGGCAGGAGUGCCCCCACCUUGACAGGUGGAGACUCCAAGGUCCCUCCUCGAAGGCGGCUCUACACGGCGAGUUUGCCUCCUGAGGGGUACGUCCCAGCCCCCCCAGAGCCGCAGGCCAGCCCGGCCUCCGAGGACAGCUCGGGCAGCGAUGACGCGGGGAAAGGAUGCCCCCUCUCAGAUCAGGAUUUUCACGAUCAACCAAAGAGAAGAAGAGCUAGAAAGCAUAAAUCAAAGAAAAAUUUUAAAGAUCCCAAUAAUAUUCAUGGAGAACAAGAAGAAUUAGAGAAGCAGCAGAGUCUUUUGCAAGAAAAAUUGCAGCCACAGUGCACAGAUGGCCCCACCAUCAGCAGAAAUAAAAAAAGGAAACUGAAAAAGAAACAGCAAAUUAAAAGGAAAAAAGCAGCCGGCGUGAUCACCAAAGCUUCUGGCGUCAACUUCCUGUACCAGCCUGAGCAGAGCGACAGUGAACGCGACGUCGAGCACCAAAGUGAUGGCGAGGACAGAGCAGACGCCCGCGGGGGGGACGGUGCAGAUGCCCGUGGGCACUGCAGUACAGACACCAGUGAGGAAAACCAUAAAGACAGCAAUGAGGAAGGUGUUAAAAGCAUCAAUGAAAAGGCGGCUGGUAUCCUGAAUUUUCUAAAGUCAACACAAGAAAUUUAUUUUUAUGACGGUAUCUGCCAGGAUCCAGGCCCCGCCGUCCUCCCGGAAACCACUCAGGAGCUAUUUAAGCAUCUUGACAGUCACGGCCUGUCCCCCUCAGAUGUGCUCCUGCUGGAUCACAUGAAAAGCCUGUUGCUUCUGCAAGAUACCAAAGGGCUGACACGAGCCCUCGAAACGUUCCCGGAACGCUGCACACUGCCGGCAGGCGCUGGACACGUGUUCAGACGCAUGAACGAAAAGGGGCCUGCUGAUUUCUUUGCGGGAAUGUCAAAGUAGCCGUGAUAGCGGUCCCACCAGAAAGCUCGAAAGCUCGGGCUGCACCCUGGAGCCCAGACAUCCCAUCAGGAGAAAGGACAGGCGAGUGCAGGGAGGCGCCUCCGAGGUCGGGUGAGUGACGGGACCGCGAGCCUUCGUUCUCACGUUGAGGGGCUCCGUCACCGAGCCCCGGUCCUGGCGGAGCUGGCUGCUGGAGCCCCUCCCUGCCCCUCUCUGCUCCUCUCUGCUCUCAGCUGCCGCAGCCUCAGAGACCUGGGCAGGCGAAAGCCCGCCCUUGGGCACGGUGUCCCGGCGCGGAGACGAAGACGGGAUGAAGACAUGAAACACGUCAUGUACGCACUGGGGCCGCAGCCGGCAGAGAAAGAAAUCCGCAGGAGGGGACAUUCUUGCAGCCGAGGACAAAUGCGCAGGGAUGGAGCGUGUCGGGCGCCAUGUGGUGGGAGCAGGUGGUGGCUGUGGACAGGCAGGAGAGAGGCCUGCCUGGCCGUGGUGUCGGCCCCGGUGCAAAGUCGAGCCAAGGCACGAGCAAGACCCCAGCUGUCGGGUUGAGACCAGAGUGAAGUGUCCGGAGUGGGAGGCCGGGGGCUUUGAUUGUGCUCUGGCUGAAAGAGGCCGUCCGGAGGUGUGGUAGGUUCAGGUCGGCUGUGCAGGUGGAACCCACAGCAUCGCCGGCCGACCAGGCGUGGGGCCUGCACCCCCAGAAGAGCCUGGUGGCCGGUCAUGAGCUGUGACACUCGGGGUGAGACAGGGACCCUUGGGAGCCAGGGUCACAUGCUGGCUGGACACCCAGCUGGGGGACUUAGGAUGAGGCCCUUCACGGAACAGAGAAGAUGGAGGCUGGAGACCCCGCCCAGGGCCACUGCAGGGGGAGGCUAGGGGGAGCCUGAAGGGAGGGGUUUCAAGAUGGCAGCAUCGCAGCGGAGGAGAGGCUGACAGACCCCAGGGCCCUUCUGCUGAGGAGCCGGGCUCACGGGGCGCGGGGCGGCCAUAGCUUCCUCGGAGAGGUCAAUCCAGGGUCUGCAUUCAUUGUUGGUUGUCCUAUACUGAGCAUUUAACUAAUUUAAAUUUCCAGAAGUUGUUUCUCAAAUUGUGAAAAGCCAGUUUUAUUAAAUUAAAUAUGAAGUUUUUGUGAGACAAACAUAAGUCACUUAAAAGUUUUUUAAUUUGGGGGGCACCUGGGUGGCUCAGUCGGUUGAGUAUCUGACUCUUGAUUUCGGCUCAGGUCAUGAUCCCAGGGUCGUGGGAUCGAGCCCCAAGUCAGGUUCCAUGCUGAACGUGGAGCCUGCUUGGGAUUCUCUCUCCUUUUCUCUCUCUCUCUCUCUCCCCCUCCCCCUCCCUCUGCCCUUCCCCCACUCCCAUUUAUACUCUUUCUUUCUCCAAAAUAAAAAAUAAGAAGAUAAACUACAUUUAAAAUGUUUUUGUUACUUUUUUGUGUGUUUCUCUCACGGAGGCCUUUCUUAUACAUUGCUCUGAAAUGUGUCAGAAGAGUUUUCGGCAGUAAUUGGGGAUUUAGCAGAAAUGUUUCUCUCGGUUUCUUAUACUGAAACCAUCAGACGUGUUUUGUCUACAAGUGCACUUACUUUAAGCGAUUGGCACAACUAAAGCUUACAUAUGAAGCACUUUUCUUAAAAAUGGAUUCCCUUUUGUGUAUGUAGGAUACACAUUUAAAUUUUUUCUUUUUUUAAGUUUUUAAUUUAUUAUUAAUUUUUUUUUUGAGAAAGAGAGAGUGUGAGCAGGGGAGGGGCAGACAGAGGGGGGAGAGAGAGUCCCAAGCAGGCUCCACACUGUCGGCACAGAGCCUGACGCAGGGCUGGAACUCACAAACCGUUGAGAUCUUGACCUGA